AUGGUGGAAAAAAUUCCCGAGACCAUAAAGUUUAAUGACGUCGAUAUAAGCGAUCCGAAUAUCUUGGAGAGACCUUGCAAUCGCUUCAGAAGAUGCCCUGUUAUAGUUACCUUAUCUGACAACCAGAUAGCAACAGUAGAAAUUCAGAAACUCUUGGAAGCCGGUAUGAAUAUUGUGAAAUUUAAAAUGUCGUUCACAACUAAAGGCGAUAAAAUUCGGAUGCUGGGCCGUGUAGACAAAGCUGCGUUGGCCUGCUGUCGCAAAAACGGAGUACUGGACUGGCCAGUAGCCACUUGUGUGGAAUUGAAGACUUGUAUAGUGAAGACUGGAUUGCUUGAGAGUAAUGCAGAUUACAUCUCCAUAAAAGAAGGAGCUCGCCUAAUUCUGACCUGCAGGUUUUCCGAAUUCAAUAAAUGUAACGAGCGAAAGAUAUUCGUCGAUAAUCCGACUCUAUCUAAAGAUAUAACGCCGGGUACUGAGAUAUCAAUUGGAUCUGAUGAAAUAAUCCUGAAAUGUGAAGCUGUUCUCGACCAGGAACGAAUCAAAUGUGUCGUAGUGAAGGGCGGUUCUUUGAGAAAUGUUUGUAAUGUAUGCGCAAGAGGCGUGGAGCACAAACAGUCCCAUAUAACUAAGAAGGAUUUAGAUAUUGUUAAAUUUGCAUUGAGGUAUCAGGAAUCCGACGGAAUAAUACUUUCGAGAGAGUUUUUGCCAUUCGAAAUUGAAGCGUCCGAAAAAUUUCGAUUACCUCACAUUCAGAAGUGGUUAAGUGGAAAAUGUUUGGAGGCUGGCAAACCAUUCUAUCUCUCCGGUGGAGUAUUUAAAGAUGCUCUAUACAGUGGCCUCUUCCACGACAACGAAAUAGCGGAUGUUGUAAACGCUCUCAUGGAUGGCGUUAGCGGUUUUAUUCUGAGAGAUUGUUUUAACGUCGCCAAUACUUUGGAGGUUCUGUAUGCGAUCAACGAGACUUGUUAUUUCGUGGAACCAAUUAUAACGAGUCGUAGUGGCUUUUGGAGGCUUCUAGAUGAGGUAAAAAUUCCCUGCAACGCAGCGGAAGCAGCAAUGCUAUCUUGCUCUCUCGUCGCGAAUCAGACCAACGCCCGUAUCAUAAUAAUGCCUACUGUCUCCGGAAAGACCAUAAAAGCCCUACACUUGAUGAGACCAUCCUGCAUCGUGAUCGCGGUCAGCACCAGAAUUCAUGUGUUCAGGUUGCUUCAUACUUAUCGAAGUGUGAUGCCUUUGAUGUACAAAGAAAGCAGAGCUUCAGCAGCCAAAAGUUGGCAUGAUGCGGUCGAGGACAAAAUCCACUUUGCCAUAGAAUAUGUAGUCCAGAGAGGCUACGUGGUAUACGGAGAUACGUAUGUCACUCUACAACGAGGAGCGGAAGACAGCUCGUUUUGUGACAUGGUGAGGGUGUGGAAAGUCAGUAUCACCAAGAAACUUCUUGUUGAGUAA